CUAACACCAUCUCUCUCUCUCUCUCUAAGGAACCAUGGUGAGCAAGGCGGAGGGAGAUAAAAGCAUGCUCACCAACUCCGAGUCGGAUUCAGAGGUGGCGCCCACCCCCUCCCCUUCCGCCUCGCUGGCCCUGGAGGUCAAAUACUCCUUCCUGGACACCAGCAGCAGGUCACAGCAGCAGGUACGGAAGAGAAACAAGGCCCUCCAGGUGAGAUUCAAGGACAUCUGCGAGGCGCAGAACGAGCAGAGAGAGGCCGCUCUACAGAUGGCCGGGAAGGGGGGCAAGCCAGGCUCCUACAAGGUGGCGUACCGCAAGUACAUGACAGUGCCCGCUCGGCGCUCCAUCCCCAACGUCACCAAGAGCACAGGGGUCCAGACGUCCCCGGACCUCAGGAGCCGUUACAAGACCUUUCCCAUGGAGAGGAAGAAGGGCCACAGCCACACCAAGCAUGUGGAGAGAGACAAGGGCCACAGCCACACCAAGCAUGUGGAGAGAGACAAGGGCCACAACAAUGGGUUUGUCAUCGACGUCAAGCACUCCAGAGCUGUGGAGCGUUUAGGGGACAGGGGCGCCUGCGGUGGUGGAGGAGGAGGAGGAGGAGUACAGAGAACCAGAGCUGUGGAGCGUUUAGGGGACAGGGGCGCCUGCGGUGGAGGAGGAGGAGGAGGAGGAGGAGUACAGAGAACCAGAGCCUUGUUGCAUACUACGGAGUGCAUAGCUACGGUGGAGAAGCACUGUACAGACGACGUCCUCUACUCUGACUGUCUGAUGCUCACAGACGGCCCCUCUCCCUCCAACACGCCCGACUCCAACCCACAGGCCACCGAUUACCAGAUCUGCAGUGUCGACUCCAACCCACAGGCCACCGACUACCAGAUCUGCAGCGUCAGCUCCAACCCCCUGGAAGGACUAGAACACAGGGAACUGGACUCCUCGGACUGUCCGGCCGGGAAACGGCUGAUGCUCCACUCGGAGGAGCCAGGCUCUAGCAGGACUCUGCCGGGGGACAUGAGAGGGUCUUCCUCAGUCUCCAAGGUGACCGGCCCCAUCUCCUGGAACUCUCUGACCCAGGUGGAGUGUCUGGAGAGCCCGACAGCACGGAGCAAACUAAUGAAGGGACUGGAGCUGAAUGGACUACAGUCUCAGACUCUACCGCGGGCCGCUGGCUGCACUACUCAGGCACAGUGUCAUGAACCGGCAACGUUCUCAUCACAGACGUUCUCGACACAGACGUUCUCGCCACAGACGCUGUCGGCCCGGACCACGGGGGAGGCGCUGGGAUGUAGGAGUAGCGGGGUCGAACCAGCGACCGUAGCGACUACGGGGGGAGUUAACCCCGGGGGGGCCUGUAAGCAGAUAGUACCGGUACUGACUCAGAAAGGGGAGGGAGGAGAGGAUGUGAAAUCACAGCUUCAGGCCAUGGAGAACCUGAUCUCCUCCAGCCAGGAGACCAUCAAGGUCCUACUGGGAGUUAUACAGGAACUGGAGAAGGGAGAGGCCCACAGAGAGGGCCUCUCCUAUCGAACCGGACAGGACACGGCCAACUGUGACACGUGUCGGAACAGCGCAUGCAUAAUUUACAGUGUGGAGCUGGACUUCAAACAGCAGGAAGACAAGCUGCAUCCCCUGAUGAAGAGGCUGUGUCCUUCAGAGGACCCACACUUAUCUCUGCCUUACCCCCCUGAGGCCUUCACCUCCACCCCUAAACGCAAGGCCAAGGCCGACUCCAAGAAGCACGCCCGAUGGAAACUCUGGUUCCUCUGAGACACAGCAGGAAUUAAUAUCCCCCCCAAAAAAACAAAUGUCGUCGUCUUAGGUCAGACAGAGGAGCAACAAGUUGAGGACUCCGUCUGCACUGCGGGACGAGGGACGAGCGUCGGAGUGACGGCACCUAUUGGAUUUACGGAAGACAGGAAGACCCGAACUCUGAUUCAGCUGGAUACCUUUGAUUUAUCACAUCUAUCCAUUUAUUCAUCUUUUGGGGAUUUUGGAUCACAACAAAACAAACAGAAUCCCGCUGAAAGGUUUUUUCAUGGCCUGGUAACCUCAAUCUAUCUAAAACUGGUGAGCCCUUCUAAUAAUGACAAUAGUGGAUAUUAUUGAACUGGGUUUUUUUUGGUUUUGGAAAGAGCGGCAGGAUCUGUAAAAAGAAAAACAUGAAAUAUGG